AGCGGUUUCAAAAUGGCAGAGACAAUAUAUCUUUUAGUGCAAUGGGAAGAUCGGUUUCUCAGUAUUAUACAGACAAAAGAUAUUGUUCGACCCAAGAAAGAUGGAAAACUUUAUUACGAAGGCGAACUUAUCGAAGCUGUUUUUCAGAAGAAAACGUAUCACGCUGUGAUUUGUGAGAUCAACACAAACAGGAAAUACAUUCUACAACAAAGUAAGCUUCCGCCAAAAUAUAAUUACCAUGAAGCCAAAGAGAAGUUGAUGAAGGAUAAUACUUUCAACUGUGAAACUACAGCAGGAGUGAGUGAGAAUGAGAUCCCUCUCUGUACCUGGUCCCCUCCAAGGCCUGUAGAAAAAAUGGCAGACAGCAGACCUCAGUCGACUUCUACACAAAACACAGAAUCAGAAGGAGUCGGUGAGAAUGAGAUCCCUCUCUGUACCUGGUCCCCUCCAAGGCCUGUAGAAAAAAUGGCAGAAGGCAGACCUCAGUUGACUUCUACACAAAACACAGAAUCAGAAAGAGUGAGUGAGAAUGAGAUCCCUCUCUGUACCUGGUCCCCUCCAAGGCCUGUAGAAAAAAUGGCAGACAGCAGACCUCAGUUGACUUCUACACUGAAGAAAUGUUCAGAAGGAUCCAGCAGCUCAGAAAAGGAUAAAGACACAAGGACAUACACGUGGGAAGAUGAAUGCAGAAGUCUUCGACGCAAGAUCAGAAAACUAGAAGAUAGGGUGGCCGCUUUGGAGAAACAGCCUAGCCGUGAUGACCAUGAAAUGAGCAAUUAUGAUCAUAUCAGUGACCCACAGGAGUACUUGGUUAAAGUAACAAAAACUAUUUUCAAUGAAAUUGAGCUUAAGAGCCACUCAAGAACUGGGAAAAAAACGGCCAAGUGUUUGACAGAGCCUCGUCCAGCUCUUGACAAGGCUAAAAUGAUGAAACUUGAAUCAAUUGUCAGGACGAAAACAGGCAUGAGCAAGGAACUGUUCUAUAAAAAGUUUGAAAAUUUACAAAAAGUUUUGCGGAGGAAACAAAACAAUUAAAAGAAAAAAUUAGAAAUCCAAAUAAAACACAACCAAAAAAAAGGAAGACAUAUGAAUUACUACGUGUGCAGUGUUAAAUAAAAGCU